AUGACGGUACCUGGCAUGCAGCAGGUGUGUAAGAAAGUACCAGAAAUUGGUCUCCAGAGCAGUGAAGAUGCCAAGUUUUAUGCCCUCUCAACCAGAUUUAAGCCAUUCAGCAAUGAGAACGAGACCUUGGUGGUUCAAUUUUCCAUAAAACAUAAGCAAGGCGUUGAUUGUGGUGGUGGGUAUGUGAAACUUUUUCCUGACACCAUGAACCAGGAGGAUAUGCAUUCAGAAUUGGAGUAUUACAUCAUGUUUGGUACACCAGUACAGCAUUCUGGAGCUCUAAAGUGUGUGUCUUCCACCUCUACUUUUUUCAGAAUCCCCCCUUUUAACAAGGAACUUAUAUUUGAAGAUGUACGUGGUGGUUGUAGCCCUGACAUCUGUGGCUUUGGCAACAACAAAGUACAAGUCAUCUUUCAUUAUCAAGGGAAAUAUCAUGAAAACAACAAGACCAUCAAGUGUAGGAUCAAUAAAGACACUCACCUAUACACUCUCAUUAUUCGCCCCAGUGCUACUUAUGAGGUCAAAAUUGACAAUAAGCAAGUAGAAGCUGGGGAUUUGGAGGACGACUGGACCUUCUUGCCUCCCAGGAAGAUAAAAGACCCCUAUGCCCAGAAACCAAGAAAAUGGGAUGAACAGCUGCAAAUAGAAGAUCAUGAAGAUAAGAAACCUGAGGACUGGGAAGACUUUGAAUACAUCCCUGACCCAGACGCCGAGAAGCCAGACGACUGGAAUGAGGCAAUGGAUGGGGAGUGGGAAGGGCCCCUGAUACCAAACGUGAAGUAUAAGGGUAAGUGGAAACCUCGGAUCAUUGACAGUUCCAAGUACCAGGGGGAGUGGAAUCAUCUAGAAAUAGACAAUCCUGAAUAUAAGCCUGACCCCAACAUUUGCCACUAUUACAACAUCAGUGUCCUUGGCCUGGACCUUUGGCAGGUGAAAUCAGGCAGCAUCUUUGACAAUUUCCUUCUUACAAAUGAUGAAGAGUUUGCAGAGGAGGUUGGAAAUAUGACCUGGGGAACAAGAAAAGUUAUCAUCUAA